AUGCUGGUCCUAGCCAAUUCGUUAUCGAGAAACGUAAAGUCGAGUUGGGAUGCCGACGGUGAUAGCUUAGAACGCGAAACGGAACUGCAUGUAAAAGUAGUAGUCGAUUCCUUACCUGCCACGGAGUGCAUGCUGGAAAGAAUCAAAACCGAGCAAGAAUGCGAUCAUGUUUGUAAAUCGCUUAAGAAGUAUUGUAUGCAUGGAUGGCCAGAGCGCGGCAAAUUGUCAAAUGAGCUACGUCCCUAUUAUCCGUUCAAAGAGAACGUCUCUUACGCGGAGGGUUAUGUAUUGUACAAUUCAAGGCUUGUUAUACCUCCGUCGCUUCAGUUAGACAUCAUUAACAAAGUCCAUCAAGGCCACUUAGGCAUGGGUAAAUGUCGCGAAAGAGCCAAGCAAUCCGUUUGGUGGCUAGGGCUCAGUACACAGUCAAAAAAUUUGAUUGAAAACUGUCCGCGGUGUGGAGAAGAAAGAACUAAUCACAAAGAAAGGUUCGUGUCAGAGGAGUUCCCGAGCCGUCCGUGGCAAAGGGUCUCCACAGAUUUAUUCAAUCAUAAUCAAUGGUACCUGAUCUUGACAGACUACUAUACUCGAUAUAUAGAGGUCCAAAGCCUAAAAUCAAUGACAGAGUUAGAUAUAAUAAGAUUUUGUAAAAUGAUUUUCGCGCGGUUCGGGAUACCGGAAGUCGUUCGUAGCGACAACGGCCUACAGUUCGCAUCGGAAUUUAAGAAGUUUGCAAGCAGUUACGAUUUCAGGCACGUACCAAGUUCGCCGCAUUACCCGCAGAGCAACGGAUGUAUCGAAGCGGCGGUGAAAAUUGCUAAAAACAUUUUGAAAAAGUCAGACGACAUAAACUUAGGCCUUCUGGCGUAUCGGACGACACCUCUUGAGAAUGGAUUUUCCCCGGCCGAGCUCAUGUUCUCACGGAAAAUCCGCUCUUCGCUGCCUGUUGUUCCUGAUCAGUUGGGAUCGUUCCGGAUGCACGAGGAGGUCGUUAAGAGGGAAAUGGCAGGCAAGGAGAAGCAAGCCGGGAAUUAG